AUGGCUGCGACACCAGAAGAUAAAAAGAAACAUGACCUCUCCGGGCCCGCACCCGAAGAAUUCCUGCAGCAGAUUGUCGAUUCUAAGGGCAAGGCAGUGAUGGAGUGGUACAACGACUUCAUCAAGGAGCCCCCAUCGGUCGACGCCUUUUUGGAUGAUAACAACGUGGCCAAGAACCGCCAUGCUAACAUCCUGCUCUACGACCAUUCGCGCGUGCUCGUGGAGGACGAUUUCGCCGACGACGACUACUACCACGCCAGCUGGCUCGACAGCUACACUAAAAAGAACGGCUACAUCUUGGCCCAGGCGCCGUUCGACACGCAGACGACGCAAGACUUUUGGCGCAUGGUGUACAGCCAUCGCCCGUGCAUCAUCCUCGUGCUCGUCGACACCGGCGGAGAUAAAGACAAGCAAAAGAAGCAAAGCAACGGCACGGUGGACGAGCGCUUCUGGCCGAAGAAGGACGACAAGAUGAAGCUGUGCGACGGGAGGCUGAUCGUCUCGGUGCCCGAAGCGGAUCAGGACUUGGAAACUCGGCGGUACACGAUCCAGGUGAAGGAGAAGAAGGCAAAGGCUGCCGAUAUUUUCAAAACCACCCUCAUCAACUUCCGCAAGUGGCCAACCGACUCGAAGGUGCCGGACGCGCUGCUCGAGCUCCGUGCUCACGUGCUCGUGCAACAGGCUCGCGCCGAGAAAGAAGCCCUCAAAAAGAAGGAGAUUUGCGGGCCUGUGAUGGUCGUUUGCCCCUCCGGCGUCCACCGAGCCGGCACGUUUUGCGCGCUGGACAUUGUGCUGUCGCGGCUCAGCGAGAAGAAACUCGUCGGCCUGCGCACCACCGUCGAGAUGGUGCGCCGCCAUCGCUACGGCGCCGUCAUCCACUACGACCACUACCAGGCCCUGGGCAAUCUUGUCGUCAAGUCGGCGAUCUCAUCAGGUCUGAUCUCGCCCGAUCAGCUGUUUGACGCGAAGAACGCCGGCGGGGGUGGCGGCGGUGAGGCCGAAGGUGGCGGUGACGAUGAAAAGAAGGAGAAGGAA